AGACAAUGAUGAUAGGCUUAUUCAGCAGGAAACCACCCAUUAAAAUCAAACAUGAUGAAGUUGAGAUACGCCUGUUUGACCCAAAGAAGGACAACUGGAAAGAAGUGAGAAAUAUGGCCUUUACUGCAUUCAGUGAGUUAAUUCCAAGAGUACUAAAAUACUUUCUGUUUCAUCCCAUACUAUACAGUGUAUUAGCAGUAUCAGCUGGGGUGUCAUACCAACUGAAUGGAUCCUUAUGGACCCCUUUUAUAUUUAUGGUGGCAAUAUACCUUCCCUUGUCUUUCUUUCUUCUCUGGUGGAUUCCCCCAAUGCAGAUGUCAAAACAGGUGGAUUAUGACAAGUUUGUAAAAUAUUGGACUGAUCCUGCCCAUCCUUUAUGGCUGCUCUUCCACAAAGGGAGACUAAUUGGCAGUGCUGGACUUAAAGAACUAGAUGUGGACACUAGAGGAGAACUUGUUCGUUUGGCAAUAGGACAUAAAUACAGGCGUAAUGGACUAGCUGAA